GUGAUACAUGCGCGGGAUUUGUUUCUCCAUUUCUCCGUAUCGCGUGACGCUCUUAAAUGACAGAAACGGUUAGAGGUUAAAGAGAUUUUUCAUUGCCGAAAUAAUAACGUUUUUUUUUUUUAGGAAAAUAAAAUCGCAAUUAGUAUUUAUAAUUAAUUACAGAUUUGCUAAAAGUUGUUUUUGUUGAAAAUGGAGGAAUCCGCAAACAAGCCUGUCCAGAGUGAUAUCGACGCAUUGACAUCUUCCGUUGCCUUCAUCGAAUCACCCAAGAAAUGCAAUCUCUCUUUUUCAAUUAACUUUGAUUUCAAUGACGUUAAUAGCGAGAACUCGACCGAUUCUGAGAAUGCAGACCUGCAAAUCGAUAUAUCCGAAGUGGAUAAUUACGAACCAUCCAGCAAGCAUAAGAGAGAAGCUAUUGAAGAAGCAUCGGUGCUUAAUGAAAUGGAAGAAGAGAUUGAGAGACAACUUGAUGCUAAAGCAGCCAAAACCAAUUUAACUCCCACUAAUGUUAAAAACAUUUUGAAGCAUGUUAUCCCCUAUGAACAUUUAAUGACAAUGGUACAAAAGUGGCUUCAAGAUACAGAAAAUGAUGUUAACUUUGGUCCCAAACUUACAAGAGCUAAAGCCAAGAAAUUAGCAGCUGCUAAAGUCAAUAUACCAUGGCCCAUCACUACAGCGCAAAAAACUUCCUCAGAAGUGCAAGCUUUGAUUCAGGAGGAGCUGCCAGAAGAUUCAUCUGAUGAAGAAUAUAAUCCUGAACACGAUAAACAAAGUGACGAUGAUAGAGAAGUCGAAAACACAGCAAGUAGUGAUGUGGAAUUACAGUUGUCAGCGUCAACAAAUAAUAAGGAUGUAGCUUCUUCUGAACAACAAAUAUCAUCGCAUGUACAAUAUGAUUCUGAAGGAAUUUUUAAAAUACCUGCUAUUCCACAUGUUGCAACAGAAGAAGAAAGUAUUGGCCAAAGAACACGCUCCAAGUUAUCUUUAAGUGAGACUUCUUUGGAGGAAAUAGAGCAAGCAUUUAUACCACCUGAUAUACCAACUACUGAUGAUAUAAUUGACGAUUGGGAUUGGGAGAAUAAUGAAGAUUAUUAUGACUUUUUGAAGACUUUGAAACAAUAUACGCAACCUUUGACACAGGAACCAGCUGUAGAAGAUGAUCCAGAAGCAGAUCCAGAAUACAAUAUCUUGGAGGAUGAAGAAACAGAUUUAUUGGACAAGGAAGAGCUUAGGACAGACAGAGCAGUGGAAGUUCCUCGUAAGGAGCAAUAUGAUUUAAUUGCAGAAUUACUUGAAUUAACUCCUAUGUUCUCGAUGCAAGAGCAAGAAGUAUCAAAAAAGAAGAAAGUUCUUGAUAAUACAACACCACCAAUUGAAAGUGAUGCUAUGAAUUCCUCUGCGGUACAUCAUUUACCACCACCUGCAGAAUCUGAACCGCCAGAAUUGUUCAAUUUUGAGCAACGUCUUCUAUUAGAGAUACAAUUACAGCAACAUGUACAAUUACUGGCACAGCAUUUCAUUAUGACACACAUGCAUCCAGAAUAUCAUUCAAUGGCAAAAAUAUAUAAACAGUACUUGAAUAAUUUAAGAUGUAUGAGUAAUGGACCAAAUGCAAAAAAUUUGGAAGCAGCUUUAAAAUUGGUAUCAACUUGGGAAAAUAAGUUUAGUGACACCAAGUUUUCUGCAAACUUUAAAAAGAAUGUAACAAAUGAAACUACUAAAUCUAAAAUGUAUCGUGCAAAUAAGUGGAGACAUACUGAACAAUUUUUACCUGAAUUAGAGAAAUUAUUUGUCGAAAGUAAAGCUCUUAUGUACCCACAGCUUCUACCGUUGAUACCUUUCAGACAUGGAAUUAGACACACAAAAUCUACAUAUUUAAAAUCGGAAGAAACUUUAAUUUCAUUGGGCCUAGAGAAAUUCUUACCAUUCGUCACGUCUAGACCAAGAAAAUUUCAUAGAAAGAGAAUGCAGUUAAUGGACGCAGCUCAACUUAUUAGUCUUAAUUUGUUACAAUGCAGAGAUGCACGAGGAAUAUUUCAUCAUAUUUACAAGAGACGCGUUUCCAAAGAUCAAAAUCCAAUUAAGCAUUAUUUUGAAAAAGGUUGCGCUCCUAAAAUAAUACAUUACAUAACACUUGAAAGUAAGCCUAAAGCUCCAAAGGACCAACCAAUAGAACUUUUACCUCUAAAAUGGCAAAUUUAUCUUAAAAAAGAGUACAAAAAUGAUUCGGCAAAAAGUAGAUGUAUAUUUAACCCGUAUAAUAAUUUUUCUCUUGAAAAAAGAGGAAUUACUAUGAAUGCAAUAGCGAAAUCAUAUCCUUAUAUCCCUAAUCAUUUUUUACGAAAUCCAAUUGUAAAUAUGUUACCAAAAAUAUUACCUGCAACUUUAAAUCCUAAAGCUUCAUCUAAAAUUGAUAAUUCUACUAAAAGAAAUGUUAAUACCGAUAAUAGUAGUGAUAAAAAAGUACUUGAUAAUAAUAUACAAAAUACGGAGGCACAUAAAAGAAAAACGGCAGUAUAUAAGGUGCAUACAAAUUCUUCUUCUUCCUUAAAAGCAAAUACUUCAGAUGUAAAACCAAUGCAAACAGAUAAAUUGCCUGAUAAAAAUAAUACAAAAUUAAAUACUGUAUUGACCAGAAGCUCAAAAGUAUCUAAGGAAUCACCACAAAUAUCAUCAGAAUUACCACAAAUACGGAAGACCACUCCGCGAUUAGCAAAAACGAAAAGUGCCCAAAAUAUGAAAUUGAUGGCACAAGCUUUAGGUUCAAAGAAUUCGUCUAAUUGCAAUACUUUAAAAUCUAAAGAAAAGGAUACCACAGAGAAGAAUAUUGAUAAACAUUGCUCCGCGUCCAAAGUUGAUAACGAAGAAGAAAUAGCAGAAUUAAUGUUAGCCAGUAGUACAAUAAUAAAAGAUUCUGUAAGUAGGAAAAAGGCUAAACAAACUAGAGAAUUAGAGAUCAUUAAAAGAUUAUUAAAAGCUGAGAAUCCAUUGACCGAAGAAGAACGUGAAGCAAAAUUUGCAGCGUCAUAUCUUCAGAAGCUGCACUUGAUAUUAGAAUCCAAUAAUCCAGAGACAUUUAAGGCUGUGAUAAAAUUAUAUUUGGACUAUAGCGAAAAAUUAGAAAGUAUUAACCACACAGUUAUUGACCCGUCAAUAACUGAUAGAUCCGAGGAAUUUCCAGCAAAUAAAGAGAUGUUACAAGAUAGUGCAAUUAAGAAAGACUUACUAACAGUCCAAUUGUAUCAAGAAGUAUGUAAAAAAUUACAGAAUUAUCCAGAAAUAUGCACAGAUUUUCUAUUAUUUUUAAAACCACAUCAAGCUGCAAUGAUUGGUAAAUCUACAGAAUAUAUGAUGUUACAAAAAAUGAAUGAUUUUGUCCAUGUUGCACAAAUAUAUUUUGCUAAGCAACCAUCACGGAUAGCAAAGAUGAUGCAGGCAAUCACACAACUUUCAUCUGAUCCACACACAACUUUAGAAAACGUUUAUACCGUUAUGAGUUCUGUUUUUAAAGGUCAUUCCCUCGUUAUGGAUCUGUUCUUGCAAAUUCUACCUACUGGAAAACCUCCUGAAAGUUUACUUGCGCCUCAUAUGUUUGAAAACAUGACAUGUCCAUUAGGACCUUAUGAUAAAAACACAACUUACACUGAAAAUGCAUCAGAGCUGUACGAGAAUAUAGAAUUACCCACAGCAACAUAUCAGGAAGUUCCAUAUGGUGGGGAGAAUUGUAAAUGUGAUUGUCAUAACACUGAUGAAGCAAAUAUGAAGAAUAAUUCUGAACAUUGUGUUUCCUGUGGUACACGGUUUCUUAAUGGAAGAAUUUAUCUUCAAACGCCUGAAGGAUUAAGACCUGCAAAAAUUACAUUUCCUGGAGAGGAUCAGGAGAAAUUGGAAAAUAUUGCACGUAUAUCAUUAAAAAUUGCUGAUAAAACUAUUCCAUCAAUCUCUUCGAAAAAACGACGCAAGUCAUCAAAGAAUGAAUCUAGUCACGAGGAUCAGAUUUGUCAGAAGCAAUGCACUACGAAAUAUUCGCCGUUGAAAGAUAACGAAGAUAACGAGAAGGCAAUAACAAAGUCGAAAAGAAAUGUCAAAUUUACACUAAAAACGGAUAAAAAGAAAAUUUUAAAAAGAAUAGGCACUAUAGAUCAUGCAAUCACAGAUAAACGAAUGCGUAUAUCUCACUGCAAGAAUAAACGUGAAAAGAAGAUUGAAGAAAAUGACACUUCGAAAUUAGAACACAAUGAGCUUGAUAUUAUGAAACACGAAAAAACAAGUGAAUUUACAGAAACAGAAAAUAAUUGUACGCAAUUAUCAAUGCAAGAUAACUUGUCAAGUACUGAAGUGACUACAAAAACACAAAUUUCUUCAAAUACAAACAAUAUUGGUUGUAGUUCAAAUAACAGAAAUAUAGAAUCAGCGUUUAGAAACAGCGCAAUGGAAGAUAAUAUGCCAUCGAAAUCUGAUUUAAUUAACAAUAAACCAUGGACACGUCAAGAAGAUAUGAUUUUGCUACAAGAUAUCAAAAAGGAAUAUUCUGAAAAUUCAUUCCUAUUGAUCAGUGAAAAAUUAGAAAAUCGUACUGUUGAUCAAGUGAAAGAGAGAUGCCAAACUUUGCUUUCUUUACUGCAGAAAAUGAUGUAAAUGUGUAUAUUACGUAUUAUAUUAUCGAGCUGUGACUUUGUAUUAUAAUAAAAAAUUAGCAAGAGUUGAUUGGAAUUACUAU